ACACGUCAGACGCCGGAGUUGAAAGUUGACGGAGGAAGGCUCGUGCUUGGACCGUUCGCGGGAAAAGGUCCCAAAACAAAUCGGUUCUGGUGGACGCGCGAGCAACUUCAGACCCAGUUAGAACUUUUCUAUAAAAUAUUCUAUAUUUAGUCAAACUAAUCGAUCCGAUUGAUAGAAGCGGCGUCUUCAAAACGCGGUACUUUAACAACUAAAUGCUCCUGGGGAAACAGAAGUAGCUUCCAACAUUAGCUAGCUACUUUAGGUAGCUCUAGGCUAACGCGACAGUGCUAAUCCGUUAGCACCGCACGAGAGGUAACCGACGGUUGGCAGGUGGAAGGACUCGGUAACCGGGGAGAGGAAUGGCGGAAAGACCCGAAGAUCUGAACCUGCCGAACGCGGUGAUCACCCGCAUCAUCAAGGAGGCGCUCCCAGAUGGGGUGAACGUGUCUAAAGAAGCGAGGAGAGCCAUAUCCCAAGCUGCCAGUGUGUUCGUGUUGUACGCAACGUCCUGUGCGAACAACUUCGCCCUGAAAGCCAAACGGAAAACCCUGAACGCGGGAGACGUCCUGGCUGCGAUGGAGGAGAUGGAGUUUGAGAGAUUCCUGGAGCCGCUCAGAGAAGCUCUGGAAGUGUACAAGAAGGGCCAGAAGGGGAAGAAGGAGGUGUCGGAGCAGAGGCGUAAAGACAAAGAGAAGAAGCCGGACUCUGUGAACGAGAAGAGCCGGGAGGAGGAAGAGGAGGAGGAGGAGGAGGAGGAGGAGCGCAUGGAGGAGGAGCCCGAGGUCGAAGCCGAGAACGACGCCGAGGACGAGGAGGUGGAGAACUGACGCAAACGGUGAAAAGGCACUCCCAUCACCGCUGGACGUGGUGCGUUCAAGGGACGCUCGGCCACCAAUCAAUCAAUCCAUCCAUCCAUCCAUCCAUCCGGGGGUUCACAGAGCAGCGAGACAAGGACACAGGUGGGGGGGAGGAGGGGGGGGGGGUGUCUCACCGUCACAUUUAACACCGUCACAUUCAACACCACCUUCUCGGUGCAGCUGCUGUCUUCAGCACAAUGAAAACCACAAGUCAAACUACGUCCUGCACUUCCUGGUCUGUGGUCCUUUUUGUAUUUCCAUUUUUACUUUUGUUUAUAUUUGCGUCACGCUUUGAUACGACCCGUUGUCGACGGUAACGAUGUACAGGUAUUACGUACGUGUUGUGUACAGUUAUUAGUGCGUUACACUCAGAAAGUGAGCUUUUCAAUCCCCUCACCGCUGGAGGGAGUGAGAACAUAUUUUAACCCUCCUGUUGUCUUCCAGUCGAAAUUGGUCAUAUUUUUCCACAUUAUUAUCACUUUUUAUGACUUUUUUUGUCACUUUUUCAAUGUUUUUUUACAUUUUUGGUGUUUUAUUUUUUUUCAAAGUUUUUUUUCAUAUUUUUAAUCUUGUUGAUUUUCAGCGCUUAUUUCGACGGCUGAUAAUGACAAAAAAGAACUGAAAACGGGUCCAUUUGACCCAAAGACAACAUGAGGGUUAACGUAGUUUGACCCAGGUCCAGUUAGCCGCCCUAAGACCCGUCCUUCAAUAGCAGCUAAUUGGUUGGGGUUAGGCAUCGCCGGCCGAUUGGUUGGUUGGGGUUAGGCAUCGACAGCCGAUUGGUUGGUUGGGGUUAGGCACGACAGUCGAGUGGUUGAGGUUAGGACGAGCAGCUUGGUUGGUUGGGGUUAGGCAUCGCCGCCGAUUGGUUGGUUGGGGUUAGGCAUCGACAGCCGAUUGGUUGGUUGGGGUUAGCGAUCGACGGCCGAUUGGUUGGUUGGGGUUAGGCAUCGCCCGAUUGGACGGGGGUAGGACCUGUCCAUGCAGCCAUGGGCGCCUGGCCAAUUGUAGUGUGUGAAUGCUAUGGAAGGGCGGGUCUUGGCGUAGUAGGAUUCUUAAAUUCACGUCCAGUUAUGAAUAGGUUUGUUUUCAGAGUAGCACCGUUACAGUGAUGCCUUCAAAUUAAGACAAAUAAAAACAAAACCCUUUUUUUUUUAUUGUUUACCAAAAGAAGCCAAAGUUCUUCAGUGUUAAACAUAAUAAAGUCCCGUUUAUGAUCAGUAGGGCUCGUUUUGGUCUGAAGUCGACUAAGAUUUCUUUGAUUUUUAAAGGUGCUCUAAGCGAUGUUGGGUGACGUUUGAAGUAUUUCCAAAUUAUUUCGAGCUUAUCUCUUUACCACAUCUGUUGGUUAAAUCAACCGUAUGUCAACUAUUUCUCUUUAGUCGAGGACAUUUACGGUUCAAAACUUCAAAUAAAUAAGAAUAAAAUCUGAAAUGGGAUGCGAGCGUUUUGAUAAGAAAUCACGCGCUAGUUUAGAAUUUGAAUCACUGUUGGGUUGUACUGGAGCAAGGUGUUUUAACUGCACUUUCACGUACUAUUUCACAAAAUACUAGAAGCAAAUACUAAUGGUGUAGCGGCUAAAUGUGAUGAGCAGCGGCUGUGCAGACGUGACUUCAGUAUAAAUAUCUGUACUUGCGGACGUCCUGUUUCUUCCUGAUCUGCUGAGUUUUUGAACCAUUUCUACUUUUCUAGAGUUGUAUAUGUCGAGCUGAGAUUUUCAAUAAAUAUUUUGUAUAAAAAGCCAAA